AUGGUCGGUGUGCCUCGCAGCAAUGGCUGCUUACGCUGUGUAAAGCGCCGGGUGAAGUGUGACCAAAGACUUCCUGGGUGUGCCAGAUGCGAAACAUAUGGCCAGCCAUGUCCUGGGUAUGAUAAAGGCUUCAAAUUUAUCAUUGGAAAGCCAUAUCGGGAUAGACGUCGUCCAGCAAGCGACAGAAAGGAUGUAGCACCCAAGAGUGCAACCUCCAGUUCAGAAAUUGAACUUGACUCUGCCUGUCAGGAUCUGAUUCCUAGAGAGGAGCCAGCCUCUCUAAUAUCACCAGAUGUGAAUGUGAUGCAACACCUGUAUGUUCUUAUCGAUGAUUUUUCUCAACCUAUCACUCCUAGUCCGGCCCAUGUUGUGACCCGCUGGUUCGGGUUCCUUCCAUCUAUCUAUGGACAAAAUCGGGUAUUGGAUGCUACAAUCAGAUCCUUCACGGCACAUCAUUUUGGACGCCUUGCUGAGAACUCCCAAAUGGUCUCAUAUGCCCGAUCAGCUUACGGGGAAGCGUUGCGUGGGCUACGAAGGUCGUUAGAAACCCCGGCUGAAAGCUUAUCGACUCAUGUAUUUUGUGCGGUAGUAUUGCUCUGCAUGUAUGAGCUAUUCACUGACACUGAUGAUCCAGAGUCAUGGAUGAAACAUGCCAAAGGCCUCAGUCAGUUGGUCAAGAUUCGAGGACCAGACAGGUAUUCCAAUGCGCUUGAUUAUUCACUACUGAAAGCCUCACGAGGGCUAAUUGUAAUGCACUCAAUGUUCUCAGGCGAGGAAUGCUUUUUGGCAUCGGAUGAGUGGCAUGAGAAGAUGCGGCAACAAUUCACGUCCGAUAUGCCAUCAGAUCUUCACCACAGUAUCGAGCUUUUCUUUGCAUAUUUCACACAUGCACCGAGCCUUGCGCAUAAGCUCUAUAGCUUGAGACAUGUGGAUGUGACCAGUACAGCUGCCUUACAAACGAUAACCCAAGUUCUCUCCAAAGCUCUCGAGAUGCAGACCAAACUGGCUAUUUGGUACGAGCAGUUUUCUCAAAUCGCACCACCGCCAUUAGAAAUUCUCUCUUCAACAGGAGAUGAACUAUACCCCGUCAUUCUCACAUACAAAGAUGUGAACCAGGCGACCAUUUACUGUGCCUACUACUCUUACAUGGUGGUUAUACAUGAGAUACUGAAAACGUGCUGUCAACCGGGGGAACACGCAGCCAUGGUCGUCUAUUUUCGAGACCAAAUUUGCAAAUCAGUUGAGUACGCUAGUGUGGGAAUAAUGGGACCCUAUCGAAUGGGGUUCCCUCUUCGCGUGGCUUUCGAAAUUGCCGAUCCAGUGACAAGAUCAUGGAUCUUGAACCGCCUGGGGCAGUUCUCAAAAAUAUACGCAGCCGCCCAGCCAGAAAACUACAAAACAAUUCUUUAA